UUCUGCGUCAUCACGUAAUUCAGUAAGAUGAGACCUUUGCUUUGCUAAUACCGCCGAAUAUAAGUUCUUAUUGUUUUAAGUUGUUUACAUAUCAUAACUAUUAACAUACUCAGUGGUAUAGCUAGGUUACACAUGUGCAUGGUUUUCGUAUUAAAUAACUACUGUUGUUAAGUCAUAGGAGUAGGCUACGAUCCCAGGAGCUACGGAAGUCCCACCAGUUCAGUACGGUGGCUGAAGAUCCACAGACAGGAUGAUCUACAUCAUAAUGGGAGUCUCAGGCUGCGGAAAAAGCACCUUAGGGGCCUUCUUAUCAAAAAAGCUGGGCUGGCCCCUGCACGAAGGGGAUAACUUCCACCCACAGGGGAACAUUGAGAAGAUGGCUCGUGGUGAGCCACUCACAGACCAGGACAGAUUGCCUUGGCUUCUCAAACUACAUGAAGUCAUUGAGAGAGAAAGGGCUUCAUGCUCUGAUGCUCUUGUGGUGUGCUCUGCCCUGAAGCGCCUGUACAGACAGAUCCUGCUCUUUGGCUCCAAAGCCCUCGCCUCCUCCUCCGAUCCAGACCAAGAUAUCCUACCUCCGUCCUCUCCUGAUGUCUUUUUUCUCUUCCUAUAUGGGGACUACGAUCUCAUUCAGCAGAGGAUGGUGGCCCGGAGGGAGCAUUACAUGAAAGCAGAGCUGCUGCGUUCCCAGUUUGAUGUUUUAGAGCCUCCGUCGGCUGAGGAGAAUGUGUUGCCACUGGACAUCAGGAGGAGCAUCACUGACAUGGCCACGGAGGUCGAGAAGCACAUCAUCAGCCUCAUGUCGUCACCAAUGCCAUAACCACCAGUCUAGUGGAUUCACCACAUCUAGUUUAUAUUUUAGUGCAGCUGACAAGUAAAGCUGCACUAAGUUGUGGUGUAAGACCAGAAAGAAGCUUGUACAGUAGUGGGAGUUUUGGUUUUGUUCUACUCUAUAGCGCUUUAGUACAGAACCUGUGUGAUCCUGUGGUGCUGAAAACAUUUCAUAACACAAUUGCCUUUCCAGUAUAUUCCUGCUGCGGAGUAUUUUAUAUUUGAAUUGGGGCCAUUAAGUGCUUUUGUUUUGUGAAUGAACCUCCAAUAGUAGGCCACCAAGAAAAAGGCUAGAUGUUCAUACGAGCAGUUUAAUAUAGUGUGGCUAUUAGCUCUUUUUGAACUUAUGAAAAGGAUUGUAGUAGUACUGUAAAAGUUUGCACUGUAAAGAUUCACGUUUCAGUAAUGUGGGAAAUUUGACUGAUCUAUUUGACAGCACAGAGCGAAAUAUGAUGGAAAAAUGCCUUGAGCAGAAGAUCUAUUUUAAACGUUUUAAACCGUAAAACGAACCUGACCAUGCAGAAAAUGCACUAAGAACUUUCCUGAUUAGAUCCAUUUUUUAUGUAUUUAGUUACCUGGCUAAACCAGACAUGCAACAUUUAUGGGGGAAAUUGUGUUGGUCCCAGUUGCAUCAGUAUGGGAAUAUGACAUUAAAAUAAACUGAUGGUUUUGCUUGAA